AAAAAGAUGGCUGAUUCCGAGAUGUAGGAUAUGCUAAUAUGCAAACCAAGGUAAGGAAUGUGACUUAUUUAGGUUUCUAGAGAAAGGACCUGAUAUUCAGACUAAACUCUAGUUGAGUAUAACUUAUGCAGAAUAAGAUGAGUAAAUAGAGAGACCAGCUCCAAAUGUGUAUGAAAAGUAUGCAGAAAUGCAGGAAUACUUUUGUCCAUUAGAUUAGUUAGAGGGACUUUUAAAAACACAUUUUGUAAGUGGGCUUUCAAGUGAAGAAGCAUCUAAGAGAUAAUAAUCUAAAACAAAAGACAUAAGUGAUUGGAAAAUGUUUAUAAAAGAAUUGAAUUUAUUUGCAUUUGAUUUAAUAAUAGCAACGAUAAUUUCAAUAAGUUUAGCAAUAUAUGGAAGUUAAAAUAAUCUUGAGUUUAGUGGAGAAGAGAUAAUUACAUCAUGUUUGUUGUUAAUAGUAAUAACAAUAACUUUUGCUAUGGGAUUUCAAUAAAGAAAGAAGUCUUAAUAUGCUAUAGAGAAAGAUAAUGAACAAACAAUGAUAGUAUAUAGAGAUGGAAAAAUGGAGCAGGUUUAAGUAUAGAAUUUGGUAUCAGGAGAUAUUUGUGUGAUAAAGGAAGGAUUAUUAAUAUAUUGUGAUAUGAGAGUAUUGGAAUCUUCAGAUUUAUAGAUAUAAAUGAAUUAGGAUGUAACAAAGGCAGUAAAAGGAUCAUAGAUAUUUUGCGGAUCAUUAAUAAGAAGUGGAUUAGGAAAAGCAGUAGUGAUUAAGACUGGAUCAAGUACAACAAUUGCUUAAAUUUAGAAGAGAUAAGGAAGUAAGAUACUAUAGAAAUAAUUGAUAUUGUUUUAAUAAAUAAUGACAUUGAUAGCAUUAUUUGUGAUAAUAUUAGUCAUAAUAUGGAGUAGUAUUAUGUCUGAGAAUGAGAAUACUGAGGUUUUUGCAUAUGGAUUUAGAGUUGUUGAAUAAGUGAUAAUUGCUAUAGUUCCAGUUGGUCUAUUAGUUAUUGUUACAAUCUCAUUUUAAAUGGCAAUUAGGAGAUUAGCUAAACUUAAAUUCUUAAUUAAAGAUUCAGAAAGUAUAGAGAGAUUAAGUGAAAUUAAUUGUUUAUGUAUUGGAUUAAAUGAAGUUUUUACUAGUAAGAAUUACUCAUUUAAUUCAUUUAAUGAUUGUAAGUAAUUAUUGCAUGAAUGUGGAAAAAGAAAUUCUAUUCAUCUUUAUUAAUGUGCAAUACUUACUUGUAAUCAUUCUAAUCUAGAUGGAACUGAAAAAUGCAUUAUUGAUUGUUUUAGAGAUGAUCAAACAGAGAGUCUUAUUAAGAAUGUCAAAUAUUAUGUUAAUGGUAUUCAAUAUCAUUUGCCAUUUAAUAGUAGUAAGAAAUAUUCUUUAUCAAUUGUUGAACAGGAAAACAAAUACUAUGUUUACAUUAAGGGAGCUCCUGAAGUUAUCUGGAGUUAUUGUAAUAAGACUUUGUUUGGAAAAAUCGAUAUACGUUAGACUCAACUAUUCAAUGAUUAAUUGGUUCAUUAAUGUUCUCAGGGUCUUAGAGGAAUAGGAUUUGCAUUCUUAUAAGUUGAUAAAGAAGAAGAUCUUAAAAUUAAUGAAAAUGACUAUGAAUUUAAUUAAUAGAACUUUGUAUAUCUAGGUANAAUGUUUAUAAAAGAAUUGAAUUUAUUUGCAUUUGAUUUAAUAAUAGCAACGAUAAUUUCAAUAAGUUUAGCAAUAUAUGGAAGUUAAAAUAAUCUUGAGUUUAGUGGAGAAGAGAUAAUUACAUCAUGUUUGUUGUUAAUAGUAAUAACAAUAACUUUUGCUAUGGGAUUUCAAUAAAGAAAGAAGUCUUAAUAUGCUAUAGAGAAAGAUAAUGAACAAACAAUGAUAGUAUAUAGAGAUGGAAAAAUGGAGCAGGUUUAAGUAUAGAAUUUGGUAUCAGGAGAUAUUUGUGUGAUAAAGGAAGGAUUAUUAAUAUAUUGUGAUAUGAGAGUAUUGGAAUCUUCAGAUUUAUAGAUAUAAAUGAAUUAGGAUGUAACAAAGGCAGUAAAAGGAUCAUAGAUAUUUUGCGGAUCAUUAAUAAGAAGUGGAUUAGGAAAAGCAGUAGUGAUUAAGACUGGAUCAAGUACAACAAUUGCUUAAAUUUAGAAGAGAUAAGGAAGUAAGAUACUAUAGAAAUAAUUGAUAUUGUUUUAAUAAAUAAUGACAUUGAUAGCAUUAUUUGUGAUAAUAUUAGUCAUAAUAUGGAGUAGUAUUAUGUCUGAGAAUGAGAAUACUGAGGUUUUUGCAUAUGGAUUUAGAGUUGUUGAAUAAGUGAUAAUUGCUAUAGUUCCAGUUGGUCUAUUAGUUAUUGUUACAAUCUCAUUUUAAAUGGCAAUUAGGAGAUUAGCUAAACUUAAAUUCUUAAUUAAAGAUUCAGAAAGUAUAGAGAGAUUAAGUGAAAUUAAUUGUUUAUGUAUUGGAUUAAAUGAAGUUUUUACUAGUAAGAAUUACUCAUUUAAUUCAUUUAAUGAUUGUAAGUAAUUAUUGCAUGAAUGUGGAAAAAGAAAUUCUAUUCAUCUUUAUUAAUGUGCAAUACUUACUUGUAAUCAUUCUAAUCUAGAUGGAACUGAAAAAUGCAUUAUUGAUUGUUUUAGAGAUGAUCAAACAGAGAGUCUUAUUAAGAAUGUCAAAUAUUAUGUUAAUGGUAUUCAAUAUCAUUUGCCAUUUAAUAGUAGUAAGAAAUAUUCUUUAUCAAUUGUUGAACAGGAAAACAAAUACUAUGUUUACAUUAAGGGAGCUCCUGAAGUUAUCUGGAGUUAUUGUAAUAAGACUUUGUUUGGAAAAAUCGAUAUACGUUAGACUCAACUAUUCAAUGAUUAAUUGGUUCAUUAAUGUUCUCAGGGUCUUAGAGGAAUAGGAUUUGCAUUCUUAUAAGUUGAUAAAGAAGAAGAUCUUAAAAUUAAUGAAAAUGACUAUGAAUUUAAUUAAUAGAACUUUGUAUAUCUAGGUACUCUUUAUUUGAAUAACAGUCUUAAUGAAUUAACAAUUCCAAUUUUAGAAAAAUUGCAAUAAUUAAAUAUUAAAUUAGUAAUCAUCACUGGAGAGCAUCCAGAAACAGCAAGACUAAUUUGUAAGCAUACAGGACAUUAUACAAAUCCAACUGUUGUAGAAGGGCAUUAAUUGUAUCUACAUGUUGAUGAUCAAUAAGAAGUCACUAGAUUAAGUUCGGUAGAAAAUAAAUUGGGAAAUUGGUGUUCAUAAUAAGAAAUAAUUUUUACUCGUACAUCUCCAGAAUAGAAGUUAAGCAUAGUUAAAGCUCUAUAACAAUAGAACUUUAGAGUUGCAAUAACUGGAGAAGGUUUAACAGAUUUAGGAGCAUUUCGAUAAGCUGACAUAAGUAUCAGUAAGAAACAUGGAUCAUAGCAAAUGAUUAUAAGUUCUAGUGAUAUAGUUUUAACUUCGAGUAAAUAAACUUUUCUUGAUAGUUAUCAUGCUAUCUUAGAAGCUAGAAGAGCUGUUAAUAAUGUUUCAAAAUCUAUAAUGCUCUGUCUAUCUUCAAACACAGCCAUGAUACUAGCUUUAUUUUUUUAUUGUUUCUUAGGAACUCCAUUGCCGUUCUCUUAAAAUCUUAUGUUAUUAACUAGCAUAUCUGUUGAUUUGAUCCUUGGAAUCAGUUUGGCAAGAGAAGAAUUAGAGUAUAAAAUUCCAAAUAGAACUAAUUUAUUCUUAUUUGCUAUCUUAAUUAUUGGAUGUAUUGAGGCAGGCGGAGGAUUGAUGGCAAGUUACAGUGCUUAUCGCUAUUUCGGAUUUUAUUUACAAAAUUUAUAUUUUACAAGAUUUCAGAAUGUCUAUCCUGCUGGCCCAAAUGAUAUUUACUCUGCUGCAAUUUAUAAUUUAGGUAAUUCUUAUUUACUUGAAGAUUGUUCUUAUAUUGGUAAUAUGGUAAAUUAUUAAUGGAGUGCACCUAAUAAUACAAUAGACUAGAGAUUAAUAUUUGUCGAGUGUGGUGAAUGCACUGAAUUAUAAAUUCAAAAUGGUUAUCAAUAAAAUUGUUGGAACACAAAAUAUGACUAUCCAGAUUGUUUAACUGAUAGUAAUAAUUGUUACACAGCUAAAGCUAGUGAUUAUGCAUCCACAUCCUUCUACAUUGUAUUGGUAUUAUCAUAAUGGUAAUUAUGAUUUAAUUAAAUAGUGUCAAUUACUUUGCAUUAAGAACCUUAAUUAAAUCUUAUAAUUCUACUCGUAUUAACAUACUAGCAAUAUAUGGUUUAAUAAUAUCGUUAAUUUUAUUGCCUAUUAUUAUUUAUGUACCAGGAAUUCAAUGGGUAUUUCAGACAGCCAAUAUGCCUUGGGAAUUAUUGGGUUCAGCAGGCCUUCCAUUCUGUUUUCUUUUACUUGCUACAGUUGAAAUUGUAAAAUGGUUACUAAGAAAAUAUGUUCUAUUUUAAAUAUUAUGA